UUGAAAUCGUGAUCGUCUGUUUACUCAUUGAAAUUAGUGCAACUUUUCUGAUCAAGGGCAUUUUUCCACGCCAUCUCAGAGCUCCUAAUUCAUGCUAUCCGCAAGAGACUGAUCAUGCUGAGGGAAAGGCAUUUUCAAAUUUGGAAGAGAUUGAUAAGCCUUUCGAAACUGAUCUCCGGAGAGCACAGUGCGAUUUCUACAUCGGAUUCACAUCUUUCGCGAACGUCUUCAAGCAUCGCUGCUCCUUCGAGUAAUACAUUUUAUGAACACAUACAAAAUUCCCGAGGAAAUUGCGGCUAUCUGCGUGAUGCGGGAAGGUUGAAAUCGUGUACAUGUAUAAGAGGAUCAUCUCACUCCUCUAUCGUUUAUCAACAACACCCAAAACGUUUAUUGUCCACAUCAGCGUGUAACCUUGCAGUCACUCACACUGCCUCUGACAAACACUCUACCAGUAAAACAAAAGUGAAUUUACAAAGUGGAACAAGGAAAAAGCCUUCAUCACAGAACCCAACUAUCACUACACGUCCAACUACAUCAACUCAAAAGCUGAGUGGAAGAUCAAAGGAAAAAGCUGUCCCUUCUUCUAGAGUAGGACGUCUUAUGAACUACAGCGGGCUCGUUGCUGGAUUAGGUCUAGGUACCCUGGCAGAGGUAGCAAAGAGACAGCUUGGUCUCGGCAAAACAGGAUCUAGUAAGACAGACAUUACUGGGAGUGCUUUUCUGUCAGAGGCAAAUGCUGAAAGGAUUGUGACCACCUUGUGUAAAAUGAGGGGGGCUGCCUUGAAGUUAGGUCAGAUGCUCAGCAUUCAAGACAACUCAUUUAUUUCACCUGAGCUACAGAGAGUAUUUGACAGGGUGCGUGACAGUGCAGACUUCAUGCCACGAUGGCAACUGGAGAAAGUGCUUGUAAAAGAGCUGGGAGCCAGUUGGCGUGAUAAGCUCUCAGAGUUUGAUAUGACACCAUUUGCUGCAGCAUCCAUUGGUCAGGUCCACAGAGGAGUACUUAAAGAUGGGAGAUCUGUAGCCAUAAAGAUUCAGUAUCCUGGUGUUGGUGAGAGCAUUGAUAGUGAUAUUAAUAAUUUGAUGACCAUGUUGAAAGUUGGCAAUCUUUUACCAGAAGGGUUGUAUGCAGAAAAUGCCAUUGAUGUCGCCCGACGGGAGAUGGCAUGGGAGGUGGAUUACCUCAGAGAGGCCAAACAUUCACGGCAGUUUAGGGAGUUGUUGAAGAAUAUGCCAGAAUUCUAUGUACCUGAGGUUAUUGAAGAUCUCACGUCCAAACAAGUGCUGACUACAGAGCUGAUAGAUGGAACAUCACUAGACAAAAUUGAAAAUGUGAACCAAGACACCAUUGAUAAGGUGUGCCUGGAUAUCCUCAGACUCUGUCUAAAAGAGUUGUUUGAGUUCAGAUUUAUGCAGACAGAUCCUAACUGGUCAAAUUUCUUCUACAACCCUACCACUGGACAGAUCUGGCUUCUUGAUUUUGGUGCAUCUCGGACCUAUGGCAAGAAAUUUGUAGAUAAGUAUAUUAAGAUAAUCCGAGGCGCAGCCAUUGGAGACCGAGACAUGGUGAUUGACAACUCUAUCGGUCUUGGAUUUCUUACUGGAUACGAGUCUAAGGUGAUGAUCAACGCACACGCAGACGCAGUGAUGAUCCUUGGAGAGCCAUUUUCCAAGAACGAACCGUUCAAUUUUCAGGCCCAGGACACUACCAGUCGCAUUAAGAAACUGAUACCGGUCAUGCUGCGUCAUCGCCUGUCUCCACCCCCAGAGGAAACGUACUCACUCCAUCGGAAGAUGUCGGGCUCGUUUUUACUGUGUGCCAAACUUGGUGCCUCUAUCAACUGCAAACCGCUUUUUGACGAGGUGUGGGAAAAGUAUAAGUUUGAUUAAAUGGGACUCUACUUAAGCAUGCGUAUCGUGAUUGUUCGUUAAGUCACCAUAUUGAGGAAAAUUGAGCUGCGAGCCUCCUGUCGAAACACGACAAGCCAGGUUCACCCCUUUUGGACGGGAGGAGUCAAGGGUCCUUGGGUGAGCGUAAGAAGACGAGUCAUCCUCGGGAAUUUCCAAGGAAGAGUGACUGAGAAGCGGAGAAAAUAUUCUUGGGUAGUUUCGAUUGCUCUCUUGUCUUAUCUUUCCCUUUUCUCAAAAAUUUCAACCGAGGAAAGAGCAGAUUUAAAUUUUUUCCUGGGAGUUAACAAGAAAGACUCUACUUUCUAUACCAGACCCAGUCUCCGUGAUUCGCGGCCAAUCGUGUUGAAGGUGGACUAUUUGAGAAUUUUAACAAAAACGAAAUGUUAUUUUGUUCAAGAUGAAAAUACGGUUUUUGAUUAAAGGAAUUCCUUCU